UGUCCCGCAAUGGCCGCCUUUGCCGCAGGAAUAAACAAGCAGGGCGCCCUGACGACCAUGGAGCCGUGCGCUCGACACGGCCGGGCGGCCAACGGAGGCACAGUCAAGGUGCUGGAGUGCGGCGUGUGCGAGGACGUCUUCUCCCUCCAAGGCGACAAGGUGCCCCGCCUGCUGCUGUGCGGGCACACCGUGUGCCACGAUUGCCUCACCCGGCUGCCCCUGCACGGCCGGGCCGUCCGCUGCCCCUUCGACCGGCAGGUGACGGAGCUGGGUGACUCUGGAGUGUGGGGUCUGAAGAAGAACUUUGCCCUGCUGGAGCUUCUGGAGCGACUGCAGAACGGCGCCACCAACCAGUCGGGAAUGGCGGAGGACGCUCAAAAGGGAACGGGCGAGCAGUGCGUCAUCCGCUGCGACGAGGACGAGAGCCACACGGCGACCAUGUACUGCACGGUGUGCGCCACCCACCUGUGCGCCGAGUGCUCGCAGCUCACGCACUCCACCCGCACGCUGGCCAAGCACCGGCGCGUGCCGCUGGCCGACAAGCCGCACGAGAAGACGCUGUGCCCGCAGCACCAGGUGCACGCCAUCGAGUUCGUGUGCCUGGAGGAGGCGUGCCAGCCGGGCCCGCUCAUGUGCUGCGUGUGCAAGGAGUACGGCAAGCACCAGGGACACAAGCACGCGGUUCUGGAGACAGAGGCCAACCAGAUCCGGGCGUCCAUCCUGGACAUGGCGCACUGCAUCCGCACGUUCACCGAGGAAGUGUCGGAGUACUCCAGGAAGCUGGUGGGCAUCGUGCAGCAGAUCGAGGGCGGCGAGCAGAUCGUGGAGGACGGCGUCAGCAUGGCGCACACGGAACACGUGCCCGGCACGGCGGAGAGUGCUCGCUCCUGCGUGCGCGCGUACUUCGCCGACCUGCACGAGACGCUGUGCCGUCAGGAGGAGAUGGCGCUGAGCGUGGUGGACGCGCACGUCCGCGAGAGGCUCAUCUGGCUGAGGCAGCAGCAGGAGGACAUGACCAUCCUGCUGUCCCAGGUGUCCACCGCCUGCUUGCACUGCGAGAAGACGCUUCAGCAGGACGACUGCAGAGUGGUGCUGGCCAAGCAGGAGAUCAACUGCCUACUGGAGACUCUUCAGAAGCAGCAGCAUCAGUUCACCGAGUUGGCCGACCACAUCCAGCUGGACGCGGGCCUCCCGGUCACCUUCACCAAGGACAACCGGGUCCACAUCGGCCCCAAGAUGGAGAUCCGCGUGGUGACUCUGGGGCUGGACGGUGCUGGGAAAACCACCAUCCUCUUCAAGCUCAAACAGGACGAGUUCAUGCAGCCCAUUCCCACUAUCGGUUUCAACGUGGAGACAGUGGAAUAUAAGAACUUGAAAUUCACCAUCUGGGACGUGGGAGGAAAACAUAAACUAAGACCGCUGUGGAAACACUAUUAUCUAAACACUCAAGCGGUGGUGUUUGUGAUUGACAGCUGCCACCGGGACCGACUGAUGGAGGCGCACAGCGAGCUGGCCAAGCUGCUGACCGAGAAGGAGCUGAGAGACGCCCUGCUCCUUAUUUUUGCAAACAAGCAGGACGUUCCUGGCGCCGUGUCCGUGGAGGAGAUGACGGAGCUGCUGAGCCUGCACAAGCUGUGCUGCGGCAGGAGCUGGCACAUCCAGGGCUGCGACGCCCGCAGCGGGAUGGGCCUCCACGAGGGCCUGGAUUGGCUGUCCAGACAGCUGGUGGCCGCGGGCGUCCUGGACGUGGCCUAGAACGUACCGCCGACACGGCUGGUUUGAUGACACUCGGGAGCGCUUUUCUGUGAACGAACACUUGAAGGUACACGUUGGAAGAGCCUUGACAUGUACUACCGCUCUGCUCCUCAGAGGGGCGACGUUGAGUCACUGAAAAAGCCCACACCAACCACCCCCACAGGCAGGCUGAAUAUCAUACGCAUUAUUACCAACACUCGUCCAGUAUGGAAAGCGGCAUAUCCACUAUAUCAAAUAAACGCUCAAACGGCUUCUCCUUGAUAUCGUUUGCCUAAUAGUAUCAUUUCUCAAGUCGUUUUUUUUUCCAACUUACUGUUACCAAGUCCCCAAAACUCCAACGUGCUUCCUAAAAAUUGUGUUCUUCCCCUUGUUUUCCAAAAAUGUUCUCAUAUGAUUUGGGCAACUAUGCUAUUAGGCUAACGAUAUCUAGCUUAGAGGUCCAAGCACUACAGUCUCAGUCAUAAAAAAAAAAUCUAGGGAUAGGCGAGUAUCGACUGUGACAGAGCCCGCAACAUUCUGGCGCUACUAGCAGGGUCCAGGUUACUUGUGUGUGACACAUACAUAUUAGUGGGGCCUGGUAGUGUUACUAGUACAGCACAGUAUUGUACUAGUGAGGUUUAAUUAUGGACUAGUAGGCCAAAAGUGCCACAUGAUUACCAGUAAGACAGUUAUUCAGUGUGCUUACUAGUGAUCACAAAGAGCGUACUAGUACAUGGACCUUAAGCAGGGGAGCAAGGCUAUGGAAUAAAUUCUAAAUGCGGUGACGAACGCCAUAGCAGCUGAUAUUAAAUCUCGGGGGAAGUGAAUUUGAUUAACUUUAGGUCUGAACGUUGUGCUCUCUGUUACUGAACGUAUUUAUAGUGUUUUUUUUGUUUGUUUUUUGCACGUUAAAAUUGUGCAAACGCACUUGCUGUCCGCUGCCUCGUCGUAGUCCAGCGGACAAACUCUCUGCUGUCUCCUUCCAGUAUUAACGUCGCAACUCUCGACGGUCUCAUGGGAACACGUCCGACAACCCUAAUAACUCUUCGUAAUGUGAACUUGUAAAACCCCUCCUGCCACUGACACUUUUUGUCUCAUCAGCAAAGACACAACCUUUGAGUUUAUUCAUUGCUAUGUAAUGUUUUUACUACUUGUUAAAAAAUGUCAGUAUGAAAUGUCUUUUUCUGCAUAGUUUGCAAAAACGUAGAAGCACAAUACACCUCAACACCUUUUGUUACCAUCUGACUCGAUGACUUUUUUUGGGGGGAGCGGGGUAAAUUAUUUGUAUUGUGAUGUCAAAAUAAACCGA